AUGUCUGAAGUUGGAUUGGAUGACGAACAACACAACCCUAUUGGACAUAACCUUGGGAUUCCACAUGAGCAGAGCAAGAUAGUAACUCCUAACCAGACACCUCAGCAGCUACAAUGGCAACCGCCAAACAUUGAGCAAGUUGUAAACAAUGACCUUUCUCAGAAUCCAACUUCAAUGAAUGUUUUGCUAACAUCAAAUGGACCGCUGACAAUAAGUUUAAGUAUGUUUUUUUCGCUUAUGGAGCAUCAAUUGAGGGUUGGAAACACUGCAGACCAGUGGUUCUUCAGACACGUGAAAAAGGUGUUUGGCACGCGCAAAGACCUAUCAAUUCUUUCCGAUCGCCACGCAUCAAUUGCAACUACAAUCAAAGAACUAUAUCCAUAUACCCAGCAUGGAAUAUGCAUCUACCACAUGGAGAAGAACUUGCAGAAAUAUUUCCCAUCCGGAGCGAUCCUAUCAUUGUUCUACAAUGCAGUAACUACCUACAAACAAGCAGAGUUUCGUACCUAUAUGUCACAGAUACAACAAAUCGACCCAAAAGCUGCAGAAUACCUAGAAAAAGAACCACCGGAAAGAUGGGCACGUUCAUUCCACACCAACAGGCGUUACAACAUGCUCACAAUAAAUAAUGUCGAGACAAUGAAUUCUGUAUUGAGGAAAGCAAGGGAGUUGCCAAUAAUGGUAGAAAACAUAACUCCCGUCAAAUUUGUUGUGAAAAAUGAAGGAUAUCAAUACAAUGUAGACCUGAAGAAUAUGACUUGUGAGUGCUUGGAGUUCCAAACUGACGAGUUACCGUGCACACAUGCCAUGGCAGUUAUAGACAAAAGAAGUUUGCCAAAAUCUAUAUACUGUGCAGACUGGUUCAAGAAACAAGCCUGCCAAGAGACAUACAAAGGUGAAAUACUAUCAGUUGGAAAUCAAGACUCAUGGAUUAUUCCACAAAACAUUAUGGAUAUUAAAAUAACGCUGCCUGAUGUUAAAAUAAGACCUGGAAGAAAACAAAUAAAAAGAUAUCGCCCAAGAAGAGAAUCGACAAAGUACACAUACAGAUGUGGUAGAUGCAAGUUCUUUGGACACACUAGGGCAACUUGUAACCACAGUCCAGCUCUCAAUCCAUAUUCAAGAAGAUACAGGAAGAGGAAAUUGUCAUCCUAA